AUGUUCAGACUUGUACCCCAGCACAGUGGGCAUGUCACAGCCCACCAGGAAACUGCCUAUAAAAGAGGCAGUGACCAGGUGGGAGACUUUGAUAAGAUCUGGCGUGAGCACUGUGAGGAUGAAGAAACUUUGUGUGAAUAUGCUGUGGCAAUGAAAAACCUUGCAGAUAAUCACUGGGCAAAAACUUGUGAAGGUGAAGGCCGAAUUGAAUGGUGUUGCAGCGUAUGCCGAGAAUAUUUUCAGAACGGUGGAAAAAGAAAAGCACUUGAGAAAGAUGAAAAAAGAGCACUUCUUGCUUCUAAGACCACUCCAGCUUUAAAUGUUCCUCAGACUCCCAAGAUUGAAGAUCCUUUGCCAAAUUUAGGCUUGACAAAUCAUGAAGUUAUGACAGAAGAGUUCCUUCACUCCUUGGGAAAGAUCAGAUUACUUGAUGUUGGUAGCUGCUUUAAUCCAUUUCUGAAGUUUGAAGAAUUUCUGACAGUUGGCAUAGACAUUGUUCCAGCUGUUGAGAGCGUGUACAAAUGUGACUUCCUAAAUCUUCAAAUUCAGCAACCUCUUCAACUGGCACAAGAUGCUAUAGAUGCCUUUCUUAAGCAACUGAAGAAUCCCAUUGAUUCUCUACCUGGAGAACUGUUCCAUGUUGUUGUUUUCUCGCUCCUUCUUUCUUACUUUCCAUCACCCUAUCAACGAUGGAUAUGCUGCAAGAAGGCACAUGAACUUCUCGUAUUAAAUGGCUUAUUGCUUGUAAUAACUCCUGAUUCAUCUCAUCAGAAUCGCCGGGCUAUGAUGAUGAAAAGCUGGAAAAUUGCCAUAGAGUCCUUGGGUUUUAAACGCUUCAAGUAUUCCAAGUUUUCUCACAUGCACCUGAUGGCAUUUAGGAAAACUUCCCUGCAAACAACAAGUGACUUAGUUAGCAGGAACUACCCAGGAAUGUUGUAUAUCCCACAGGAUUUCAACAGUAUAGAGGAUGAGGAGUAUUCCAGCACUGCCUGCUAUGUUCGGUCAGACACAGAAGAUGAACAGCUAGCUUACGGUUUUAUGGAGCUACCUGAUGCUCCCUAUGACUCAGACUCUGGAGAAAGCCAGUCUAGUUCUAUUCCUUUCUAUGAGCUAGAAGAUCCUAUAUUGCUUCUAAGUUAAUGUAGUUGUUGAAAUGCCCUUUCAGUGAAACCUCUUGCUUAACUAAUUUUGCUAUACUAACAUGGGCUCAACACAGAAAAAUGGUUUGCAUAAAGAAAAUGCAAAGGUUU